GAAGUUGGAACAUUUACUAUGCUAUACGGACUCCAUUGGUACGAAUGGUGAAAUGAAGAAGCAUUUUAUAAGCUUUGCAUUUGCCCCUAAUAUCCACAUUUGAAUGCCAGUCAGACUCUUUUGAAAUAAGAAUGUCAUAUCCAGGCUAUCCCCCCACCGGCUACCCACCUUUCCCUGGAUAUCCUCCUGCGGGUCAGGAGUCCUCUUUUCCUCCUCCGGGUCAGUAUCCUUAUCCUACUGGCUUCCCUCCAAUGGGAGGAGGUGCCUACCCAGCAGCACCAAGCGGUGGUUACCCAGGAGCUGGAGGCUACCCUGCCCCUGGCGGUUAUCCAGCCCCAGGAGGCUAUCCUGGUGCCCCACAGCCAGGGGCAGCUCCAUCCUACCCUGGAGUUCCUCCAGGCCAAGGGUUUGGAGCCCCACCAGGUGGAGCAGGCUUUUCUGGCUAUCCACAGCCACCCUCACAGUCUUAUGGAGGUGGCCCAGCACAGGUCCCACUACCUGGUGGCUUUCCUGGAGGACAGAUGCCUUCUCAGUAUCCUGGAGGACAAGCUCCUUACUCUAGUCAGAUCAAUACAGAAUCUUUUCCUUCCUAUCCUGUUUUCUCUCCUGUUUCUUUGGAGUAUAGCAGUGAACCUGCUGCGAUGACUCAGGGAACUCAAGGAACAAUCCGACCAGCUGCCAACUUUGAUGCUAUGAGAGAUGCAGAAAUUCUUCGUAAAGCAAUGAAGGGUUUUGGGACAGACGAACAGGCAAUUGUGGAUGUUGUGGCCAACCGUUCCAACGAUCAAAGGCAAAAAAUUAAAACAGCCUUUAAGACCAUGUAUGGCAAGGAUUUAAUCAAGGAUCUCAAAUCAGAGUUAAGUGGCAACAUGGAAGAACUGAUCCUUGCCCUGUUCAUGCCAACUACGUAUUAUGAUGCCUGGAGUUUACGGAAUGCUAUGAAAGGUGCCGGCACAGAUGACUCCACCCUGGUCAGGAUUGUGGUCACGCGAAGUGAGAUGGGAAAGAAAAUUUUUAAUAGAAUGUUAUUAAAACAUUCCUGCCUUCCUCUUUUGCAGGGAAAUCGUGACGAGAACCAGAAUGUUAACCACCAGAUGGCUCAGGAGGAUGCUCAGCGCCUCUAUCAAGCUGGCGAGGGGAGACUGGGGACCGAUGAAUCUUGCUUUAACAUGAUUCUUGCCACAAGAAGCUUUCCUCAGCUGAAAGCUACCAUGGAGGCUUAUUCCAGGAUGGCUAAUCGAGAUUUGUUAAGCAGCGUCAGCCGUGAGUUCUCCGGAAAUGUUGAAAGUGGUUUGAAGGCCAUCUUGCAGUGUGCUCUGAACCGCCCUGCCUUCUUUGCUGAGAGACUCUACUAUUCUAUGAAAGGUGCCGGCACAGAUGACUCCACCCUGGUCAGGAUUGUGGUCACACAAGGCGUGGUGCCAGGCCCUCACAGGCUGUAA